AUGAGACGCGGUAGCUUCUUCAGAGGCUUUCUGGCUACAUUGCUUCAGGCUGCGACGUGUAUUUCCACUCAGAAUGCUCAACGUAUCCUCCCAGGACAAGGCACGACCAACCAAGGGCCGAUCACAAUCCUACCCGAGUGGGAUGUGCUCGGCCCAUUUAGAAUUGGAACUCGAGAAGUCGUCUGGGGAGCGGAUCCCCUUGAGCACUAUGGAGGAGCCCAGCGGAUCAACGUGGACGCAGAAAGCAGCUUCCACAGUCCUUUGACCAGAGAUGCGACGUUGCGAUGGCAGCAUGUGACUUGCAACACUUCAACUGCAAGGAAUGGUAGCACCGUUGACUUCGACCUCAGUUUCGACCAGGUCGACUGGGACUUUGCCCAGAAGAUCUAUGGUUGGUCGGCAUUCCAGUAUCAAGCAUGGGUGAAAGGAGGAAUUGUGAACCACGGCACCACUACCCAGACAGUUACACUUUUCACCAACAACAUUGUGGAGCUCUGGGUCGGCAACCUUCACGUUUUCGGCGGAGACUUCUUCAGCUUUGGUAGAGCUCCUCUUGUGGUGGACCUUCAUCCUGGAGCGACCAACCUCACUGUUCGUCUUGUCCGAGAAGUCCGUUCGAUGGGAGGCAUGGGCCCUCCAACUCUGCAGUCAAAUAUGCAUGUUCAAGCCGCUGCACCCAUUCUCCACGUCCUCGCGGAAGAUGUGGUUUUACCCGACUUGGUUCACGGACGACUCUGCAGCAGUUUCGGUAGUGUCACAGUCAGAAAUCAAGCUGGCGCAUGGCUAACUGUCCGCCAAUUGACCGCAGCCUCGAAAGGGAAGAUUGUGGGGAUCAUGUACCAGGAGAUAACACUCGCUCCGGGCCAGUCAAGGCCGCUGAAAAUGACAUUUGAUGUUGCUCAGAAGCUUGACAACUUCCUGUACUUUUCUAUAAAGUACUCGCAGGACGACUCAGCAAUGCACGAACUCACGUUCACCGUCGUUUUGACGCAUACGAAUGCAUCCUCCUUGCAGAAGAUCACAUUCCUCCAUCCCAGUGGAGUGGUCUCGUAUGCGACAUUGAAGCCGCCCUCCGUGUCCGCUGCAUCAACUCACGAGGCGGCAGUCCUCCUGAAUCUCCACGGAGCAGGGGUUGAAGCGGGUGGUCCUUUGGCUCGCCACAUGUUUGAUGGUGCUCCUCAUCUUCCGGCUUGGAUUCUAACCCCGACCGGCAUGAGCCCGUGGAGCAGUGAUGAUUGGCAUACCUGGGGCUUCGCUGACGCUCAAGCCGCAGUGUCAGCCAUUCCGGACUGGAUGGAGACUAAUCGUUGGGAAGGACCAGGUGUCCACACACAGAGAAUUCUGGUUGCUGGCCACUCAAAUGGCGGUCAGGGAACGUGGUUUUAUGCUUCUCAUAAGCCUGAUCGAGUUCUCGGCGUCGCUGCUGCGUCGGGAUAUACUUCGAUCGAGAACUAUGUCCCGUAUGUUAUGUGGACCGAAGCAGACCCUCUUCAAAGCAGCAUUCUUCACAGCUCGAGGGCAAGCUUUCGUCAUGAACUCUUUGCUGAGAAUUUGAUCGGCGUUCCCAUAUUUCAGCAGCACGGGUCAGCAGAUGAUAAUGUGCCACCCUAUCACUCUCGCCUCAUGAACACUCUGCUUGCCCAGACAGGACACUUGGCAACUUACUCGGAGCUGUUGGAUAAGGGACAUUGGUUUGCUGGAACCAUGACCACGAAACCAAUGAUGGACUUCUACCAGCACCAUCUAAGCUUUUCUCAAUGCAAUCAAACCGCGCCAAACCGCUUCACUUUCAUUGUCCCCAAUUCGGAUGAUAUGGGUUCGAAGUACGGUAUUUUUGUCGACCAACUGUUGACGCCCGAGCGAUUGGGGAAGAUAACGGUGUCGGUGAGCAAUAACCUGUCGCGUCCAUAUUGGCAUCUGCGUACAGAGAACAUUCAUCGCUUUCAUUUGGAUUCAAACGUGCAGCUUAGCAAUCCUCCGAACGAGAUCGUGGUCGAUGACCUGCCUCAUUCGUUCGAGAUAGGCACUGACGAGACAUCAUUUGUGAGGGACGAAGCCGGUGUCUGGUCUCUUGAGGUCGCUCUCGACUGGAAAACUCAGGAUAAGAGAUAUGGGCGCCAACGAGGCCCUCUCGAUGCCAUUUUGCGGAGUGAUGGUCCCUUUGAAGUGAUUUUCGACUCCAACAAGACCCUAACCGUGGCGGUACAGGCCAGUCGGAACUUCCUCCAGUACUUUGGUGCUGACACGAACAUUGUUGCCGUCGCAGAGUACGAAGAAGCUUUGAAGAGAGAAGGCAAUGUCGUCACCAUAUACUCAGGGGCUUCUGUACCCGACGCCCGUAUCCCCCACUUCCCAAUCCAGAUCUCCGGAGGAUUCAUAACACUCAACACCAGAGAUCGCAGAGUCAUACACGUUCCAUUAGCAGCAGGCAUGGGUGGAGUCUGGCUUCGCCCUCUUCCCGAUGAGAAGCUGGAGCUUGUCGUCUGGGGUUACGACGAUGUUGGGUUGCGACAGGCUGCCAGGCUGAUACCAACAGUUACCGGAGCGGGUGUGCCUGACUUCGUGAUACUGAGCGACCAGGCGAGGUGGAAAGGGGCUGCCGGUGCCUUAGCGAUGGGCUUCUUCGACCACAACUGGAAGAUAUCCCCUGCUUCAUAUCUCCCGUAG